UCAUAACUCCUUAAUGAACUUUUUUCUGAUAUAUUUCAGGAACCAUGAAAAAUUGUAACAGUUCACCCGUGAUAGACGUCGACUAGCUGAAAAUGAUUAAAGAGUUAUUAUUUGUUGUAUUGCUUUGUUUUUACUCAACAGAUGCCGGGGGAAAUGAAGACCUACAAGGAUACGUAGAAGUUUGCAGGGCUAAAACAGGCUUCGACAGAAAAAACUACCAGGAAUUAGCACAACUGAUUAGAGAUCCUCAAUCCCGAAAACUCUUCUUUUGCGUGGCCAAGUCAGGUGGUCUUCUCGAUGCUAGUGGUUAUCUGAUGAAGGAAUUGGUCAGAAGAGUAUUGCCGACUCCAGUCAAGGAAGCUCCUGAUGUUGAGAGGCUACUGAACGAAUGUGUUACUAGGAAAGGCAGUCCAGAGGAUGCAGUUUUUAACACUUUCAUUUGCGUGGAAAGAAGGAUUUAUUACAUGAUUAAUGGAAAAACUUUAGAUGUUUAAAGAUUAUGUUAAAAUUUUGCAUAUAAUAAAUGAGUAAAUAAGUGAA